AUGGUCACACGUGGGUACUGCGGUUCUGUGGGACUGAGGGAGGGUGAAUCUUCAAACUCGCAGGUCAGAGAAGACUUCCUUGAGAUCAGCAUCGCACAUGACCAUACCAAUCAGCUCAAUAUGAGAGAUGGUCAUAAUGUGAGUGAUCCUGGGAGGAUGAAUGCUAAAACUGCAGGUAUGGAAGUCAUGGGCACUGGGACAGUUUUACAGUCGGAGCAGAGUGAGAGCGUGGGUAAUCUGGCGAAUGAACCUAACGGAAAUGAGCACCCAGACCUGGAGAUAUCUAACUCUGUCAAUGUGAUACCAGAAAUGAGCAGUACAGCAGCUACAGUGACCCACACGUCAUCAAUAGAGGGGUCUCUUGGAGGAUUGCUUCCCCAUGAAUGUACUGCAUUAAUGUCAUCAAGUCCCCAAUGCACAGCCUAUAACACAGGAGAUUCUGUAAAGUGCCUUGAGGUUGAACACUUGCCACAUCUUCAGAGUAUAUCAACUCAGAGAACUUUUCAACCUGUUGAUUUUCCAAAAGCCCCUACAAGUUUUCACAAAGCAUCUGUUUGCAAAGAGCAGGGAUUUUCCUGCAUAAAUGAAGUCAGGUCUGCAAUUUGCCUUUUGAAACCAAAUACAGCUGAUGAUAUAAAUGGACCACAAAAAAAUCAGCCAGAGGAUAAGGACUUAGACAUGAGCAUGGAGUCUGGUAAACAAGAAACUGAGACCACCUCAUCCAGUGAAAAACAGAAUGACAUCUCUAUCGCAUAUCCUUCCAAAACCACUUCUGCAAAGACUGAAAGCACAACACUCCAAGAUAGUCAGUCUGACACCUCAAAUGUUGGCUUGCAGUUAUAUGAUAAAUUUGUCAUUGAAAAUGAUAGUACAUCACCAGGGACCUUAGAAGAUGAUCUCUCUUUUAAACCACAUCUUCCACCUUGCUUAGAAAAUGUGACUAGUGCCAAAACACUUGACACUGAAGAAUGUUCUUCUUCCUCUAGCAUGAGUGAUUGUAACACCCCUCUCAGUGAUGGCGCUCCUGAUUGUCAAAAAUAUACAUGUGCCAAUAAAUUGGAAGAUGGUUCAGAUUUAAGUUCACACAGUACAUUGUGUCCAGAUGCACUGGCAAGCGUAUGCGGGGACCCUUCAUACGCAAGGUCUGCAAGAAGCUCUUCAGUAGAUUGCGUUGAAACCUCUUACAUUGACUGUAACCCUCAUAACAGAGAUACCGAGCCGGAUGGGGAAACUGAAGAACAAUUUACGUCUGUAGCCCCAGAGACCAAUUUAAAUUCUUAUUUUCUGCCCGUGAAGACCGAAGACAAUCAAUGCAGCAUUGCACAGACUGACAAGUUACCUCUGUCAGACACCACUGGGAAACAGGGGCUUUGUGACAAUAUACUAGUGGUAGUACAUGACACACCCACGUCCCUUAAAAUUGCUGAAGAUUCUGACCGUUUAGUUGACUCAGAAGUAUCAAAUUUUGAAUUAAAUGAUUCAAACACUGUUUUUCAUAAGAUCCCCAACUCUGACCAGUCUAUGACUCCUUCUCUUAUGCAAUCAAAUUUACUAGUAGAAAUGAAAGAAACAGUCUUGACCUCGAAUUACCUGACGGUGCCUUGUCGGACCGUAGGCUACCGUACUGACGAAACGCCAUCAUAUGCUCUUGUACCUUAUAUAGAUAUUUGGGAUUCUUUCUCCAAGUGUGAAAUAAAUUCACUGUCAUCCUUGAGGAUGCCCAUAAAUGUUAUCAACAAAACAUGUCAAUCCCAAGAAUUUAAGAAAGAUGCAGAUGAAUUGAAAGGCAGUGUUAAAGAAGGCACCCUCUUGGAAGAACCAGCUGAUGUUUCUUUGGAAGACGUCUGUAUGCUUAACGCGUUCAAGAACCCAGUAGAUGGUUUGAGCCUUUAUAGCGGUAAAUAUAAAGAUGGGCCAGUUGUAGAUGCUUUUAGCAAAAUGGGUACACUGUUAGCACAAGAAGUUACGUGCGAUGUCUCAUUAAAUUCAUUUACAUGCCAUAGUAUUAAUAUGUUUGAAAACAGAGCAUCCAGUAUACCCCCCACCAUCAACCAGUUAGACAUGUGUCGUUUUACUUCUGCUGCUUUAUGUGACUCUUCUGUAGCUUUAGAUGUGAAUAAUAUGCCUGUAUUCCCUCAAUUAGGUGAUAAUAGACGUGCAAAUGUGUGCUUCCUAAAAGAAAAGUGUGCGCAUCACUUGUCUUUGUCCCAUCAGCAUCUUGAUGGCUGUUCUGCUUUAUCAUUACCCACUUCUUCACCGAUCUCAAAGGUAGCCCUGAAUGAGAGUAAGAACAGCCCGAGUGAAGUGUUAGGCAGCUCACGACUGCAUGUUACUGAUCCAUCAGUGCCGAUACUGGAUGGUCUAGGUAAAUCUCUUGCACUAAUACAAGAUACAGAACUCAGUGCCACUCUUAAAGAGACUUUUAAAGCUUCAGACUCUGUACAGAUUUUGGCAGCAGAUAUAAAUGGUCCUGCACAAAGUGUGCGACCGGCUGUUUUAGGAGAGAACAGAAGCCCACUUAUGCUGCAUGUGGAGAAAUGUUUGACACGUGUGGAAAAGCCCUCUCCGGUGAAAUCCGUUGUUUCCAUUAAAACUAAAGCCACACGAGUCAAGUCCCAGAGAAAUGUGUUAAAUGCAGAAAUUAAAAUUCAUGAAAAGUUAUUGAUGGAAUGCCAGUCAUUAAGAGAGAGAACUGGACAAUCUGCGGGUUGCCAGAUGAAGAUGAGAGGUACGGCUGAAAACAGGAAGCAGUAUAAUUUGAGACCUGCACCUCAAAGCCUUAAUUGUUCUACAUCACAGGAAGCAAAAAGACCAAAGAUUUUUCAUGGAAAGGAUGUUCUACCUGUCAAUUCUGGCCCGUUGACCUGUGUAGACAAGUUUUCUCAGAAGUCAGAAAGCCACCGUCUCUCUCAGCCUAGACAAGCUUGUAACAGAAAGGAACCUCCAAAUUACAUCAGACACAGCUCUUUGGACACCAACAUCUCUGUGAAGAGGCAGCCACACAGAAAAUGUAAGAGCUUCGUCACCCAAGAAACCUUACCGAUAGACUUCAAGGCUCAGACCUGCAAGAGUUUCCCAAUUUCAAAAACACACAAUACCCAUGAUAUUAAUGUUGGCUAUAGAUCCUUGCCAGCAAAACAUGUAGAUUUAAAUCUGACUUCUAAGCUUCAUUAUUCCAAACCGACCAAGGGAGGUGCUUUGAGGCCUACACAUUUACUGAAAUCCAACCAAGAUCAGAUGUUGCUAACCAAAUUAUCAAGAAUUGCUAAUAGACUGACUACUCCAUCCAAAUCGGAAACAUUCUCCAACAACUUGAAAGUUAUUCCUUUUCGUGGCGUGAAGAUUCAGGCAAGAAAACUGCUGAAUGUCUUUUCAUGUGUCCGUAUGAGAAUGAACUUCCAGCCAGGGCAAAUUUGGCAAGAAAAUGUGUGCCUUACAUCAAGUAGAGACCGCCUUGUUUCUCAGUCUAUGAAUCUUUACCCAAAAGCUUACUUUAGUGGUCUAGGUGAUGCUUUUUCUUUAAACACUUGUGAUAAUUUAACAUUCCCUGUCUCUUUUCAUGUAAACGUAGAUCCUAGCUGUUUGUCAGACUUUGUAAACUUCAACCCCCCAGACUUUAUUUUAAGAAGUCCUCAGACUACUGCUCAGUCAUCAGAACUUUCUGAAUGGACACUGUCCCUUUUCCUUUCGUCCCACGUGCCAGCAGACACUGAAAAUAUUCACCUCCUCACACAGUGGAACCCAGAGUUUAGGUCUUUAGAAUCGAGUUCAGAGUCCAGCCAUACAAGAAAAGCUUUCAGAAAGUCUGGAUGCUCGAUGCUUGGCCUUCACACCGUACUUGCACUUUCAUCUCCUGGAUGUUACAGGUUGUGGACUAGGAGAAGGAAUCUGGGAAGUCGAAUUCCCACCGUCCAAAAACAUUUUGUAACACAGUUUGCACAUGGACUUAAGGGAUCACAGCCACAGUUUUUAAGAGCAAAAGACCAGUUUUCCUCAUUAGCAUUUUCACUAGGUCGUGUUCUCUCUACUUGGAGUCAACAUGGCUUGUCUACCUACUCUUCUGACUGUGCCAACACACAUCCAAACUGCAGUGUAUUGCUGCCAAGCCAGAGCAGCAACAGCAUCAGUGUAUGUAGAAGUCCAAAUGCAUUGGUUUGUGUUCCUCAGAUGCCCCUGAACACUAUUUCUCAAUUGAAUACAUACAGUUUACCUGCUCAGAACUUCAAUUUAAAUCUGAAACCGAGCAUAUGUCUUCAAGAAUAUCUGGGACUUCCAUUUCUUUUGUCCGCUCAACAGAAGGAUGAUCCGAGAUCCCUCUGUGUGAAAAAGAGAAACUUAAAUCUGCCACUUGACCCCUCUACUCAGCACAAAAAUAAUCUAGAACGUCCACUUGGUUUGUCUUCUCUGAAACAUAAUUUGAAGGCUAUAGUAAACACCUCUUUACUAAAAGAUCAGAACCCUACAGUUUGCUUAGACUCUCAUUGUGAUGGACACAUUCAGAAAGAUGCUGCUGUGGAUCUUCCUUGCCCUGAGUCACCACCUAAGGGCCAGGCAUGUCCUUUUGAGCAGAGAGAGAAUAUGUUCCUUCCCAGCACACAAAGUCAGAAAGAGGACCUGGGAAAUGAGAAGGGAUCCUUUGAAAGGAGGCCUCAACGAGUCUCUCAAAUUCGAAUCAGAAAAACUAUUCCCAAACCAGAUCCAAAUCUGACGCCAAUGGGUCUCCCAAAACCAAAAAGGGUAAACAAGAAAGAGUUCAGCUUGGAGGAUAUUUACACCAACAAGAAUUACAAGUCUCCACCACCAGCUCGUAGCCUUGAAACAAUAUUUGAAGAACCCAAAGAGAAGAAUGGGGUCUUAAUAUCUGUCUCCCAGCAAAAGCGGAAACGUAUCCUGGAGUUUAGAGACUGCACAGUCCCAAGAAUCAAGCGACCAAAAGGCAAAGUGAAAGUAAUGGCUAGCUGCAAGAGGGGGAGGAAAGCUGCCAUGGAGGGUGUACAGCUCGAUGCACUUCUGAUACAGAAACUCAUGGACCUAGACAGCUGUCUGAUGGAGGAAGAAGCCAUGGAAAGUGAUUCAGCAGUUUCUAAAAUGCCAAGCUGAUACCAACUAGCCAUCCUAAUAAAUGUUUAGUUUGUUCAGUUAAAUUAAUAGUCGUUUUCCAGCCAUGCUCUGGAAUUUGACAUUAAGUUGGACAGGUUAGUGGAUUUCUGCCACGGAAAGACUAAAGGCAUUCUAAGAUUUUCACAAAAUAUUAUGGUCAGUUUUUGACCUCACCAAAGGAGCACACGAUCUGAGCUUUGGCAUCAGGAAAUGUGCUUUAAGUUAAGGGACUUGCAUGUUUGCUUGAGACGUAGAUCUUUACUGAUCUUUCAGAUGGUCAUAAAAAAACAUCUAAACCCUGCACUGGAAAGUGAAGAAUAGCAUUAAUGCACUUAAAUAAUAUUGACUAUAUUUAUAAAUAUAUAUAUAUAUAUUCAUAGUUGUAAUGAAAAGGAAAACAGAUUUUAGCAAGUUCUAAUCAGGUUAAUAAGCUGUUGCUUGAUGCAGGUUUGUUCUUCCUCCUAUGUAAUUAACUGCACAUAUGCUGCACUGUUUUUGCGCAGUGCUGGUAAUUAUCGGUUUUGGUUCAUGAUUCCUAAAGGUACUUUUUAAUUUAUUUUUACCAUAAUUCUCACAAUACUGGCUUAUUAUGCUCCAUAUAUCCUAGUUAAUUCAAAAACGUCUUGUGCCUUGCAAGUUACUGUGAUAAAACCGUGUUUGAAACUUAAGGCUUUAAUCUAGAUAACUGGUUUUUAAUUUGAUAGAAAUUCCACGGCACUCCCAUAAGUUGUAGUUAAAAAAAAAAAUGUGUUCUUUAAUCACCAAUGCGACGUUUCAGUCCUCUCACUGGGACUUUUUUCAAGCAGUGAUGGUUUUUAAUUUAGCUCCGACCUCAGAAAAUCACUUCCGUUUUGUUUUUCAUACUGAUUUGGCUUAUAUUUAUAUGCAGCUUUGUAGCUAUGGUCCCAGUAGAUUAUCCAGGCUCAUUCAAUAGUUUACAUACACACUGCAGUUUUUCUAAAUCGUGGUCAUGGUCAAUGUGCAAACAUUGCUGGCUGCUCUUGUAAGGGUUAAUGGUAUUUCUCAACUUCUGUGUGGUAGUGAUAAGCAGCGUGUGCUCUGCUGUGUUACUUGGACCCUACGUUUCUGUGAAUUACAGAUAAUUUUUUUUUUUGUGUGUGUUUUUAAGUUAUAAAACUUUAAUAAACACCAGUUCUCAC